AUGACGAUAAGGCGAUAUAAAGCCAAAAUCUUAGAGUCGCAUCCAAUUUCCGGUGGGCGUAAUGAGCGCACUAGACAGGAAAAUCAUAAUCAUCCUCGCGACAGAAGAACAAAAAUAUUAACGCCUUUAUCGUCUGACUACUGUCUGUACAGUUGUACAACAUCAGGACGUCACUUCCCUUCACUGGACCAUAUUUUCGUAGUCUACAACUGUGCUCCUUCCACCCUACCUACCAUAGUUACCGUUUCUGCAAUACCAAUGCUCAACGGACGUCGUAAUCAGCAUAUCGUAUGUCAAAUAACCCCAAUAGAUAAACUCUUCCUCAUCUUGCUUGCCGUAGCAGCUUUCUUCGUGACGAAAAAAAUUCGAGACAGAAGACGAAACCACGGUGAAUACCGACCUCAGUUCGAAGAGUUACACCAUGCAAAGGAUUUGCCAUACUUACAACCGCCAGCUGUGGAAGGACUGAUUUAA